AGCAAAGUGAGCAGGAUGUUGCCGGAAAUGAGAACGAGAAGACCGACGAGUCCCUUUUCCCGCACACAUUCCAUCAUGCGCUCGAAAGCUCGGGAGGACAUCCAAGUGGGUCACAAUAGUAGUCAGGAAGAAAAUCCCAUUGCCGCUAGCAUCCUACCCGGUAGCAAUGGGGGUGGUGAUAGUGGCUUUUUUGACUUUACCGAUGAGGAGGGGAAAAUCUUGGGGAUAAAGCAGGAAGAUCAACAUGCACAGGCUGAUGUGACGGAAUACAUUCGACCACGACGUACAUCGAAAAAGCUCCAGCCGCUCAAUACCAUGUACGACAUGACUGAUUCGAGCUCACAGAGCGACGACACGACAAGUGGCAACGGAGAUGGUGGCUUUGGGUGCGAUGGCGGGAGUAGCGGUGGGUCGCGAAGGCAAGGAAGUUCCCGCAGAAGUGGCAACCAAGUUGUGCGUCGGCGGAAGGGUGUCCUCAAUGCCAAAGAACGGAAUUUGAGACGUUUGGAAUCGAAUGAAAGAGAGAGGAAACGAAUGCAUGAUCUCAACAACCAAUUCCAGUCCCUUCGUGAGGUGAUUCCGCAUGUGAAGAAGGAGAGACGAUUGUCAAAGAUUGAAACACUCACCCUGGCUAAAAACUACAUAACAGCCCUGACGAAUCCCAUCCGUCAAUUGAGUUCUGCCCUGAGAAGUAUGGAGAAGCACGGUGUGGUACCAGAUGUCAUCCCAGUGGCCCCAAAGGAGCUGCUGAAGGUUUCCUAUCCGAGUGGAGUGCUCGUGAGUGAGGGGAAUGAGCUCACACCCACUCAGGUGAAGGAUGUUCCAACUGUCACCUGGAACGGUGAAUCCGGGACUUUCUAUACGCUCUGCAUGACGGAUCCGGAUGCCCCAUCGCGCAAGGAGCCCACCUACCGUGAAUGGCAUCACUGGCUCGUCGGGAACAUCCCGGGGAGUGAUGUUGCCAAGGGGGAGACCCUAUCGGCUUAUGUGGGAAGUGGACCACCGGAAGGAACGGGACUGCACCGCUAUGUCUUUCUGCUUUACAAGCAAAAUGGGCAGCUCUCCUUCACGGAGCCCCGUUUAACCAAUACAAGUGCCGGCAACAGAGGCUGCUUCUCCAUCCAGAAAUUCGCCGAGAAGUACAAGCUGGAGCUUCUUGCUGGAAACUUCUAUCAGGCUCAGUGGGAUGACUACGUGCCUCUGCUCUACAAGCAACUCGGAGCCUAA